CCUCAAACUCGCAAAUCGUCACCUAAAUAUUUUCAUUUUAUUUGUUUUCACUAUCACAACAGAAAAAAAUUGCUUAUCUCAGCCUAAGCUACAUUUGAUUCAAUGUAAUUCCGAAAAAAAAAAUAUAAAUACACGAGAGAGUCAACUAAUUGCUAUUGACGUGAGAGAAUUUCAUUAUAUUUUUUUAUCAAAUAAAUUUGACGAGUCAAAAAUAAGUGAAAGAACCUUUGAACGAGCUGGAUGUGAAGAUUUUGAAUGUGUCUUUAAGGUUUUCUGAGUUUUAAGACAUAUUUUAGUGAUUUUGUUGGUUCAAAAGUGAAGAAUUUGGUAGAAACUUUAAACAUUGUUCAUCAAAUCUAGUGAAUAUUAUAAAAACUUAAAAGAAAUAUUUUAAUUUUUGUUAAAUAAAAAAGUAAAUUGCAAAAAUGAGUGGAAAAUUCGGAAAUCUAAUCGGAGCAAUUGAUGAAGGCACAAGCUCAUCCCGCUUUAUCAUUUUCCGAGCAGAAUCAACAGAAAUCAUAGCUUCACACCAAAAAUCAGUCACAAACAUAUUUCCAUGUGAAGGAUGGUACGAGCAAGAUCCAAUGGAAAUCAUCAAUGUCGUCCGUGAUUGCAUUGAAAAAGCAGUUGAACAAUUGAUAGAAUUAGGUGGACAUCCGAGUGAUAUCAAAGCUGUUGGAAUCACAAAUCAAAGAGAAAGUACAAUUGUUUGGGAUCCAGAAAGUGGACAGCCACUGUACAACUGCAUAAUUUGGAGUGACAUCCGAACAACAUCAACAGUCGAUUAUUUACUUGACAAAGUUCCAAAUAAGACAAGAAAUAAGAAUUAUUUAAAGCCACUUUGUGGACUUCCAUUAUCGACAUACUUUUCAGCUGUUAAGCUUAAAUGGCUUCUUGACAAUGCACAGACGGUUCAAGCUUAUGUGAGAAAUAACAAGCAAAUGAUGUUUGGGACAAUUGACACAUGGAUCAUGUGGAAUCUAACAGAUCAAAUGCAUGUUACAGAUGUAACAAAUGCAAGCCGUACGAUGCUUAUGAACCUUGAGACACUCGAAUGGGAUCCAAUUCUUAAAAAGUUUUUUGAUAUUCCACCAAAUGUUGUUCUUCCAGCUAUCAAGUCAAGCUCUGAAAUUUAUGGAAAUAUUAUUAAUGGAGCACUUAAAGGAAUUCCAAUUUCUGGAUGUCUUGGUGAUCAGCAAGCAGCUUUAGUUGGUCAAGGUUGUAUGCAUCUUGGUGAUGCUAAAUGUACUUAUGGAACUGGAUGUUUCUUACUUUAUUGUACUGGUGGAAAUAACGUUGAUUCUGAGCAUGGAUUAUUGACAACUGUAGCUUACCAACUUGGCGAUAGAUUUCCAGUUUACGCUUUGGAAGGGUCAGUUGCUGUUGCUGGCGCAUCCCUCAGCUGGUUAAAAGACAACAUAGAAUUAUUUGAAAGUUUCAGUGAAAUUGACUCAUUGGUAAAGUCUGUGCCUGAUAAUGGUGAUGUUUACUUUGUACCAGCAUUUUCUGGUCUAUUUGCACCACAUUGGGAUAGCGAAGCUCGAGGCAUUAUUUGUGGAAUUACUGAGGAAACCCAACGAGGGCAUAUUGUUCGUGCAGCUUUGGAAAGUGUUUGUUUUCAGGUCAAGGACAUUCUCGAUGCAAUGAACUUGGAAUGUGGAACUCCUCUAUCAAAGCUAAAAGUCGACGGGGGUAUGACAAAUAACAAUUUCUUAAUGCAAACACAAUCAGACAUAAUUGGACUAGAAGUUAUGAAGCCUGCUAUGGUUGAAACAACAAGUUUAGGUGCAGCUAUGGUAGCUGGAAAUGCAGUAGGUCUGUGGAAUAUGGAUUUAAAAGUUGAAGGAAAUUCGAGAAUUUAUAAACCAAAAAUUACUGACGACGAAAGGGAAAUGAGAUUCACAAAGUGGAAAAUGGCAAUUGAGAGGUCACUAGGAUGGGAUCAGAAUUAGGUACAAUAUUAUUUGAGAUAAUUUUAAAAAGUAUUUUAAGAAGGCUUUUCAAUUAUUAUCAGCAGCGCUCUUCUAGCAGAAUAAAGAGCUUCAUAUGUUCAGGUUUUUAGUUUAGAUGAAGUUAUUUGGGGUCAAUUGAAUGUUAAAGGUUGUUUAAAACACUGAAUUAUUAAUAAAGCUAUCAAAGA